AGUUCAACACAAGGGAGAGCUCUGGACAGUUCAGGCAGCCCCACUCCGCAGUAGAGCCGGGGCAAACAAAUGGCUUCCAGUAUGUGUACCUGCCUACAGCUUUAAAGGAAAGCAGUCUGUGAAGGGAAGCGGCUAACCUGGAAACAAGAGUUGGCAUUCAUCCCAUCCUUUAUAGUGAUGAUACAGGACAAAGAGGAAUGGAUAAAAACAUUGGUGAGCAACUCAACAGAGCAUAUGAAGCCUUCCGACAAGCGUGCAUGGACAGAGACUCGGCAAUAAGAGAGCUACAGCAGAAGACUGAGAACUAUGAACAAAGAAUACGCGAGCAACAAGAACAGCUGUCAUUUCAACAAACUCUUAUUGACAAGUUAAAAUCACAGCUACUUCUGGUGGAUUCCAGUCGAGAUAACAGUUAUGGCUAUGUACCUUUGCUUGAAGACAGUGAAAAAAGGAAGAAUAAUUUGACUCUUGAUGAACCACAUGAUAAAGUGAAACUAGGAACACUGAGAGAUAAGCAGUCAAAGGGGAGAAGACAAGUUUCUUCUGGAAAAGAGCCCUCAGCGGAUCUCAGCCUCCCUUCACAUCAUCACAGGGAUAAUAUAGAGAAGACUUUCUGGGACCUUAAGGAAGAAUUUCAUAGGAUAUGCUUGCUAGCAAAAGCACAGAAAGACCACUUGAGCAAACUUAAUAUACCAGAUAUUGCAACUGACACACAGUGCUCUGUGCCCAUACAGUGUACUGAUAAAACAGAUAAACAAGAAGCGCUGUUUAAGCCCCAGGCUAACGAUGGUAUAAACAGAAGUGCACCGUGUAUCGCAUCUGUUACACCAAGAGGACUGGGCCGAGAUGAGGAGGACACCUCUUUGGAAUCUCUUUCUAAGUUCAAUGUCAAGUUUCCACCCAUGGACAGUGACUCUGCUUUCUUACAUAGCACUCCAGAGACACCCAGCAUCCUUAGUCCUGACACAUCUGAGGCUGUGCGCCAGGACACAUUUAAUAUGGAAGGCAGAGACAACCCAGGAAACUUUGGUAAAACAGAAGAAACUUUAUUUGAAAUUCGGGGAAUUGACCUCAUGACUUCAGCUAUACAAAACCUUAAAACAACUGACAAAACAAAACCCUCAAAUCUUAGAGCUCCGUGUUUGCCAGCUGGAGACCAUAAUGUGUUCUUCCCACUUCAGGACCCGCCUGAUGCACCUUUUCCCUCACUGGAUUCCCCAGGAAAAGCUGUCCGAGGACCACAGCAGCCCUUUUGGAAGCCCUUUCUUAACCAAGACACUGACUUAGUGGUACUAACUGGUACAGACUCGGACUGCCUUAAACCUCAAGUGUGUGCAUUCUGUCAAGAGCCUUUCCCACCAUCCAUGACUUCCAGGGGGGAUUUCCUUCGGCAUCUUAAUUCACACUUUAAUGGAGAGACUUAGGGCACAUUUGAAAACAGACAUAGCAGGCGCUCUGUGAUGCUCUGGGUUUGUAGUGCUGGAGAGCACUUGCUGUAAGCUGAUGUAGGGUGUUUAUAGAAGGGAUUCACUGUCACUGAUGUUUGAGUGUUUUCUAAACUUGUUACUUAUCUUUUAAGAGAGAUCAUUUUGUAUAAAACUAAUUCAUUGUAUUCAUGUUUACACUAUUAUAAUAAUUCAAAUUUUUCAUGUGACUUAGAGUUACAUAAUCAUAAUUUAUAUCUCAAAUACCUACGCUUAUUGUUUGGCUCAUGAGAUCUAUUAAAUUUGGUAAUACCAAAUGUGUGUAGGAUUUCACUUGAAUUAUUAAAUUAUUUAUGCUACAGCUCAUGUUCUUUUAAGAUACAUAAUAUAAUUUACAGAGAAUAGCAGACAAUAUAAUCAUCUAAGUAAAUAUUGAAUCAGACAUCAGUUGCCCAGUGAAAAUUAUUUAAACAUUUUAGAUUAUUUUUUUAAAUAAUGCACAUGGUUUUAAUUUUUACUUUGUGUAUAGUAAAAUUAAAUAUUAAAUAUUAAAAUUUACAUGUGUUGUGAUAAUAAAAGUGUUCUCUUUUUCCGAGGUAAAUAAAUAAAUG